AUGACAGGUUAUCUCGAUCCAGAGUAUUAUAUGACUCAGCAAUUGACAGAGAAAAGCGAUGUUUACAGUUUUGGUGUGGUGAUGCUUGAACUGAUAACCGCUAAGCAGCCAAUCGAGAAGGGAAAAUACAUAGUCCGUGAGGUGAGAACGGCAAUGAAUAAGAAUGAUGAGGAGACUUAUGGCUUGAGGGAGAUAAUGGAUACAUCCAUUAGAAGCAUGGCAAAUCUUAUAGGGUUCGGGAGGUUUCUGGAGUUGGCAAUGCAAUGCGUGGAAGAAUCAGCUGCAGACCGUCCAACUAUGAGUGAAGUAGUUAAGGCACUCGAAACCAUUCUACAGAACGAUGGGCUGAACACGAACUCAACAUCUGCCUCCUCAUCAGCCACAGACUUUGGAUCAAUGAGAGGAGCUCCUAAACAUCCCUACAACGAUGCUCUGCCUAAAAAGGAUGUUAAUGAAAGUGAUGCCUUUGACUACAGCGGUGGUUACACACUUUCAACAAAAGUAGAACCCAAGUAG